CUCAAUUAGCAAGGAGAUAACAUUUUCUGAAAGUUCUGACAAUCGGUUGGAAAUCUCAGUGGGAACUGAAGAAAUCUCAGUUGGGAAGAGAAGGGAAACCACAAUGGAAGGAGCUGGACGGGACCCACUGGAUAAUGUGCAGGAGAUGAUGGAAAUACCGAAAUUAGAAGUCACAAAACAAAACCUUGACUACCUGAACUCAGACCUUGAAAAGGACCUGCAGAGACUGGAUGAGGCAAAUCAAGUUCUUCUCAGAAAAAUUCAAGAGAAGGAAGAAGCUAUUCAAAGUCUGGAAGGAGAGAUUGUCCUGUCACUAGGACAAGCCAGUGAGAGGGAGGAGUUGAACCAUAUCAAAUCUGAGGAGGAGGAGACCUUGGGGAACCUGGAAUCAGAGACAGUCAAGUUGGAAAAAAGUAACAAGAUUCUGAGCAGGAAUGUGGUGGAGCUUCAGAAGAAGAUUUCAAGGAGAUAUAAGAAGGAUGACCUUAAUAAAGAAACCCUGAAGCCGAUGUUGGCAGAACUGAAGGGGAGACUACAAAAGUCGAUAGAAUCCUGCACAAGGGAAGAGAAGGAACUGCUCCAGAUAGAAAGCGACUACCAAUCUUUGCACCAGCUCUGUAAGGACCAGGCCCACUACAUAAAGAAAUACCAGGGAAUUCUGAGAAAGAUGGAAAAAGAAAAAGAGGUGCUGCUUCUUGAAAAAGAAGUAUUCAAAGCCCAGAACGACUCUUCGCAAAUAGUGAAACCUGGGUCAAUUCUGGUAGAAACCAUCCAAAGCAACAUGGAGAAGACCAUCAUUAAGAAACAGAAGAGAAUCUUUUGGUACAGACAUUUCAGGUGUCUUGUCUUCAUGAUCAUGAUCUUCAUUAGGCUGCUGGGCUAUGCGCUUUUCCACCUGCAGUACAUAAACCCAGACCUUCUUGUGGAUACCCUGCCCAUGGUAAUGAGCAGGGACACCUUGAAGAGGCUGAGGAAGGUCUUAUUUCCCCUCCUCACUCUAGAGGUGGAAGAAGUUCUACCGCAUUAGUCUGAAGUAACAUGGGGGGCUCCACAUGGCCCCCA